CCUGUGGGACGUCGCUAGAGAGGGACUACACCUCACCCCUGCUACCUCACCCCCUCACUGGACCUCCACAACACCCAUCUAAGCGACGCUCCCCUUUUACUAACUCCUUACCCCCUUCGCCCCUACGUCUUUGACCGCACCAACACUCAAAGUUAAGAACAGAAUCACCGGGAAAUCGGGUGAAGUGUGGUAGAAAAUCUAAUUACAGAGCUUCACGUGCUUGAACGUACUUACCUUGCUGGCUUGAUCACCACUCACGACGAAAGAUAUUGCCGAGCAAGAACGCAGCCGGCCGCAACCACACGAAACUCAAGACAUAAAUAUAUAUAUAAAAACGAACUAAUAUUACGUGUAAAGGGUUGUCCAAGAUCGCUGACUGGAACUCCGCAGUGUGGCUGUGGCCGACCAGGAGAGAACACCAUCAAGGAGGGAAACCAAAGAGUUACUAUCGUCGAGUGUGACAGGCGAUGGAAGUAGAGUAGAUGAGUGGUCAGUGUGACGGUAGAGUGGUAGAGGUAGAUCAGUCGUAGUGCGGCAGUGUGCUAACGAACACAGUGCAAUCUGGGUUCCUGGUGACACAAGAAUUUAUAUAAUAAUUAAAAACAUUGGAUAAUAAACAAGGUUUCUGAACCCCGAGUUAAGAUCCGGAACAAUGACAGGUGUUGCUGGUCAUUAAAGGAUACAGAAAAAUAACAUUAACGCAAAUACAUUUUCCAUAACGCAGGAAAACAAACCAAGUGUCGAAUCAACGAAGGAAUUAAUAUUGAAGAAAGCGAAGAUUAAUCACCGAGACUUGAAGCACUAAGGCUAUGUUAGUGAAAUGAUGAUGAAACAUAGAGGUAUGGUGCCGAUGGUGGCGAAGUUGAUGGUGGGGGUGGUUUGGGCACAGGUAUGGUGGCCUCAGGUCACCAUUGCUCAGGAUAUCAUAGAAACCUCAAUGUGUCCUAGUUGGGAGGACAACCCGUGGUGUCCCUGCUACAACAACGAAGAUGGUAUCUCUAUGGAGUGCCCAAUGGUGUCCCUGGAGACACUAUCGGGUGUCCUGGGCCUACUGCAGCAGCCGAUAAAAUCCCUCAAUAUAUAUGACCUGGACACUAACGUAACCUCGCUCCCUACAGGGGUUUUUGAGAAGAGUGCUGGAGUGAUCAACCUUCAGAUUUCUCAUUCGAGCCUUAGGAGCUUGGCUGACGGAAGUUUAAGUGGACUACAAGAAGCGCUGGUAAGCCUGACCAUCCAGCACUGCAAGUUAUCUGCGAUUCCUCAGGAAGCACUCUACAAGCUUUCUAAACUCCAAGAACUAAAUCUCGAAUCUAACAACAUCACAGAGCUACCAAGCUUUGGAUUUGCAAAAGUAAAGAUACAAAAGUUAAGCCUGAAGGGAAAUAUGAUCAGCUUGAUAUCUGAUUUUGCAUUCGAUGGUCUGGAAGAUUCAUUGCAAGAACUUAAUAUCAUUAGCAAUAAUCUAAAGGAAUUGCCAGUACGCCCAAUGCAGAAAAUGAAGGCGCUGAAGAGACUGGAGGUCGCAUGGAAUCACAUCUCUGAACUUGAUACUGACCCAGUCUUUCCUCUCUCAGCUCUUGAGUACUUUGAUCUCAGUAGUAAUGAAAUCCGGAAGGUCAAGAGCAAGAGCCUAGCUGGAGUGCCUGGACUAGUCUCCCUGUCUCUCUACAUGAAUUCCAUUUCCAGUGUGGCUAAAAAUGCCUUCAAAGAAAACUCUGCUUUGGAAACGCUGUUUUUGGGUCACAACAACAUCAGGGAGCUGGAUCCAGAGACUUUCAGUUACACCCCAAAGAUGCGAAUUAUCGACCUCGGUAGCAACAACAUUCAUACUAUAAAUGAAGGCCUCUUUUGCAACCUGCCAGAGCUCCAUGAACUGGUGCUUUCUAGGAACAACAUUCGGGAAGUAACACAACAAACAUUCAAAAAUUCUUCAAACAUUAGAAUUCUCAACUUAGAGCAUAAUGCCAUUCGCUUCGUGGAGUUAGAAACGUUUGUGGAAAUGAUACAUCUAGAGACCUUGCUCCUUAACCACAACAACAUCCAAGAAAUUUACCCACGGCUUUUAAUGGCCAAUGUUAAUCUUCUCACUCUGAAACUAGACCACAACCGGAUAAACGACCUGAGUGAAAUAACCUUCAAAAAUACAACCCAGCUCACAAAGCUCUUCCUGCAGAAAAACAGAAUAACAAUGGUUAAAAGAGGUUUAUUCUCCCGCUUGGUGGAGCUCCGGGAGCUGCACCUUCACGACAACAAGAUUGAGGUUGUAGCCACUGGAGCCUUUUCCAGUCUGCGGAAACUUGAACACCUGAGUCUCCAAGACAAUGAGGUCUUGGCCCUUCCUGACACCUUCAGCCACGACGUCAGCUCUCUCAGAUAUCUACGUGUGUCUGGCAACAACCUCAACAGUCUUCACCAGGAAGCUCUCAGUGGCCAGAGGCAGCUCGACUUCCUCUGGCUGGAUCGUAAUAAUAUUACAGUGUUAGUAAAGGGAGCUUUCAGCGACCUUACUUUACUUAGGCAACUUCAUUUAGAGCAAAAUAAGAUAGCAAGUAUUGAAGACAAUGUGUUCAUCAAUAUGACAGAUCUGCGAAAACUCUUUCUCUCACGUAACUUCUUGGAGUCUGUAAAUGAGAGGAUAUUUAAUGGCUUGACGUCGUUAAGUGAUCUCUAUCUAGACAAUAACAAAAUAAGAGAAAUACUCCCGAAUGCAUUCCAAAGUUUGGCGAGUUUAGAUUUGCUUGACCUAUCAGGAAAUGAAUUAUUAGUAAUAAAAAAGGAACAUUUUGAAACGGAGCUCCCAAUACGACGCCUCAUCAUCGACAAUGCACGAAUCAGAGACAUAGAGGAAGGAUCUUUUGAGGCUCUUGUGUACCUGGAUACCCUAAGCUUGAGGAAUAACGAUCUUCACAAGCUUCACGAAGGCUUCCUCAAACUCACCCAGCUUAGGAAUCUGGAUCUGAGUGGUAAUAGCUUCCAAGUACUGGAUGUCAACAGUCUUGCUGCUCUUCCAAACCUCGAGACUCUAGAUCUGAGUGCAUGUGACAUUGAAAAUAUUCCGGAGAAGUUCUUUGAUGCCAGUAUGUCACUAAGAACCUUAAACAUCGGUAAAAACCGACUCACAUACCUCAAACCCACGUCCUUCGUGGGGCUAAAUGAUCUCACAAAACUUGACUUGGGAGGAAACAGCUUAGGACUAAACAGUUGUAGGUCACUCUGGGUCACAGCUAAGCUAGAGGAGCUCACCAUAAGUGGCAAUCCUUUAAGAGAUCUUUGCCCUGACUUAGGACAACUUAUGAACCUUCGGGAGCUAUAUGCUUCAAAUAUCUUGAUGAGUGAGGUUCAGCCCUCAACGAUGACACAGCUGCAACACCUUGAGGCUCUAGACAUAUCUGACAACAUGGUUGUCGAGAUCCCUAUUGGCAGUUUUCUCAGUUCGUCGCUUCGACGUCUCAACCUCGCCGAAAAUCACCUUCUACAGUUACCUGAUUCGAUGUUUUUUGACGGUAUGACAAGCCUAAAGAGCCUCAACGUCUCCGGAAAUCCUCUCCACCGUCUAAUGGGUCCCGCCGUGGCCCAGGGCGUGAACUUACUCAACCUAGAACAUCUGGAAGCGACGCACACCAACCUCACUGUAUUGACCAGCUUCGAACUCUCACACAUGCCGGCUCUCAGGUCUCUCAACCUUCAACAUGGUGCCAUAAGCAAGGUGUCUCCUGGAGCCUUUAAGAGCCUCUCUCAGCUGACGAAACUCAAUUUGGGGUUCAACCUGAUGGAGAUUCUGCCCCGGGAAAGGUUACGAGGGAUGCUGGAGCUAACUCACCUUAACCUCACGAGAAACCGACUCAAGAAGCUCGAUCAGCUGCCUACUGACUCCAAGAAUUUGAAGGUGCUGGACGUGUCUGGAAACAUGCUGACGGAGGUGGAAGAGGCCACUUUGCGGCACACGGAAGGUCUAGAACAACUGGUGCUGAGCGAUAACUGGGUUACAGUUAUCCAUCCACGAGCUCUUCAUUACCUUCCUCGACUCUCAUUCCUCGACCUCAGCCACAACAACCUCGAGAUGCUUAGGCCAGUUAUCCUGGAGCCCGUGGAGAGAACGCUGGAGUCUCUCUACCUUAAUGGAAACCCUGUAAGCUGCAGUUGUGAGACGCUGGACCUCUGGACCUGGCUAUUGAACCAUCCGGGUCAAGUUUACCACCCAAACGACAUCAUCUGCGACCUUCCCGAGACACUACGGGGCCAGUCCUUCCUGCUGAUGUCGUCGUCGUCGUUCUGCCCUCAGCCGGUGAUCCUUCGUCUGGCGAUUCAAGACAUCCAGAGUCAGUCGCUGCUGGUGUCGUGGCAGGCUUCCAACUCCUCCUCUGUAUAUGGCUUCAAGGUGACCUACCAGAUUAUUGACGCAGACGAAGAGCAUGCCGGAGCAGAAACACUGGCAGCAGCCGCAGCAGCCAUGACAGAAGAUGAAAUACCGCCAGGGACACCAAGAGGUCCAGUGACCUCGUCUCCUACACUAGGGCUGGCCUCCAGGACUUUCCUCCUACAGGACCUCCAGCCCAGCACGGAGUACCAAGUGUGUGUCCACGGCCUUACCAAGUCCCUUGGACCCGCCAGAGCGCACACCGUCGACGCCUACUACAGUAAACAGCAGCAGGAAGAAGGCGCCCGGUGUAGUCGCGGCCAGACGCUCCCUUUACCUGCAUCUCCAGCUACCGGGACCUCUGGGGGACGUGUUGGUCUCAUCCUGGGGGCGACGGUGGCGGCGGCACUGUUGCUGGGGGUCGUCGUGGCUCUCAUCUGGUACCGCCGGUGUCGUUCUGGGGAGGACCGCGACGAGGAGCCCACCAAGAGGCCAAAUGGCGUGCCACCAGACUACUAUACACACUAUAAGGCGCGCCCUCACCGUCACGACGAAGAGGAAUUUGCCUGUUAGUGAAGGGGAAUGGAGCGAGCGCUCGAGAAUCUCCUGGAAGCUUAUAAUCCUCGAGUUUCUUUAAUUGGAAUUGGUUUAUGAUCCAGGUUUCUAUUAAAUUUACUCCCAACUUACUGAACAGCGUGGGCACCUUGAACUCUGCUCCAACUUUAGCUAAAUGGGAUGUGAACCGGUAUGUUGCAAGAGUAGCAGAAACAUUGAAAAUAAAAACAUGCUUUGUGUACUCUGUCUUCUGCGCCGCCACCUGCAGCGACUCACAUUACAUACAGUAGUACGUAAAUGGUGCAUUACGUUUUGUAUUGAUUGUGAUUUAUUUCAGACUUGGUAAUAAAAAGUUCACACAUAUUGUAAGUCCAGGUUACUAAAGACGAAUUCAGAAACGCCUCACAGGGGACUGACCACUCUUAUAUAAAUAUUGAACUUUAACUAGUCACCUUACAGAGUUGUUACUAAUUAUUAAGGUUGUUUUUCGGGAGAGGACUGAGUAAAGAACAUUGAAAACUCCACUGAAAAGGUGUACUUUAGUAGUUUAAAGUUGGUCUAUGGGAAGUUCUAUGAAGUGUACUGUUUGAGAACGUUGAAAAGUCUUCUACAAACACGUCGCUCUGUCUCUAAGACCUACGAGAAAAGGACUUGUGUUUAAAAAAGCGCUCGUGAGACAAGUUUCAUUAACGUUGGAUGAAAAUAGAACUUGAUAUAAAUGAAUUUUGACAUUUUGUGACCGUAUGGAGGACGCUUCAAUCAAGUUUUACAACGGUGAUAUUGCGGUGUAAAUGAGACAUGGUGAAAAACUGAAACAUUUAAUUUACAACUGUUCUCCCAUCAUCCAUCGUGGCCUACCUGUAGAACCAUAAUCCACGAAGCACCUACAUGUGUGUGUGUAUGUGAUGUAAAUGUGUUAAUAUAAGUCAUUUACCUGCACCUAUAUAUAUAUAUACACCUGUAUUUCCGUGUUUCAUAUAUAUAUUAUGACUUGCAAUUUAUCCGCAGUAUUGAUGCACCUCAUUCUCUCUUUAAUGCCAUUGUCUUAGCAUAGGAACACAGAUUACUAGAAUGAUGACAAGUCUUAGUGUUCAUAUAUUAUGUUCACAUUCUUCAACACUGCUCUAAACACUUACCGGUCUCCAGCUGUGUCCCAGAUCAAUCCUAGUCUCUGGAGACCCACUUGGCUCUCUCAAAUUACGUGUUCGAUAUAAGUCACUACAUAACAGCAUUCACACAUGCUGCUGAGGAUGUCUUACUCACGGAUCAUCACCUCCGGUUAGAGAUGAUUUUGUCGACCUAGUGGGAGAUAGUUAGAUGGACAUCACCACGGGGAGUUAUAUCUUUGACUCGCCGCUUGUCGAGGUCCAGGUCAGAACUGCUUCAUGCUGGUAAUUCAGUCAAUAUUCCUCGUUUGACAACGUAUGUGAUAUCCUUUCUGGCAUCUAUCAUGACACUGUUGUGGCUAAGUUUGUUAUAAAAAAAACUUGCGGUCGUGGGCUGGGCCUCUUGUGUCUGAACAUUUCUCAUACAAUUCUGAACCUUUGAGAAUUUAAAAUGCAGAUUCAUCCUAUAAUUGUCUCAUAAAUCCCUACAUAAAUAAUUAAUUCAUAAAACUUUCCUUUUGCUGACCAAGUACUCUGAAGGUGCUAAAUGUAUUUAUAUUCCAUUGGGUCACAGCACAUUUGCAAGGUCUUUACCUCAAAACUUAGUCACAAUAACUUCCUCCAUAUAUUUACUAAACAGUUUGCGAACUCUGGUGUGAUACGAGGUUAUUAUUGUUACAGAGGAUCUUGUACUUUAAAGCUCGUUAAAUAAGUGGAUAUUUAAAUGGCUUGUGAACUCUGGACCUUCCUCUUAUCUUUAUCACUUAGUCUGCCUCCUGGCUGCUCAUCAGUGAGUUAUAUCGCUGCUUCCACAGCCCCGUAUUCUUUUCAACGUAACCACAUAUUUUAUACUGAGCAAAAUAAAUUAUAAAAAAAGGAAAUUGAACCUGUUAAUUAAAAGCAUGUAAAGGAAUAGGAUAGCAAUGCACAGUGAAUGCUCUCACGGUACAGUGAAUGCUCACAUAGUACAGUGAAAGCUCAAAUGACACAGUGAUUCCCACUUAUUGAUGUAUCGAGAGAGAAAGCAGCUAGUGAAGCAGAGGUCGUCAUGUAUAAAUAAUAUGUACUGUAUCAAGUUAGAUAAGAGUAGAGCGAUUCUAACCUAGAUUCAGCACGUAACUCAAAAAAUGUUGAUGUAUUAAAAAACAAAUAUAUA